AUGACAUCGAGGUGUCGGCGACUCCGCCAGCUACCCUUUUUGCAUCGGACGUGGAUUCGCGCUACCAACUACUGGGAAGAUAGAAUGGGCAACAAGCCCUCCACCCAGUCUCGGGUGCCUGCUCAUGAGUCCGACGUCAGAUUUUCCGACCACAGUCACCACCUUGACCAAGACUUUGACGACACAUGUCAACAUCCAGCAAAACGUCGACGCCUCAACGACAAUGAUGGUUUUCCCUUGUACGCGGAUCCCUACGGCGACAAACCCCGAUGCCUGCGGAUAGAGGUCCUCAAGAUCAUCCACAAAGACUCACCCCGCAUCAAAAAUGGCGUGUCUAACAGCAUUGUGGCACCUGACGUGAGGGAUACCGCGACUAUGGGGGCACGUUGCAAGCUGAGCAUUUAUGGUCAUAACGGGGAUGAAAAGGUUCUCCUGCACGUCGACAGCCAGCUAUGCGAGCUCAAGGUCUACAAAAACCCUGCCGCCGCAUCUACGCACAUGGCUCGACUGUAUGCUAUCAAGGCUUUCGAUAUACCCGAGGACAAAAUAUACUUGGAGCGGGAUGGCAGUGAUCCCGCCUUUGGCUUUGCCGAUUUCUACAGUGUCCUGAUCGAAAUCAAAUCAGCCGGAGAUCCAAACUGGCCACCCAGCAGCCUAAUUCCGACCAAGGUGGAAGAUGAUUCCUCAGCCCGUAAUCUGCCACCGCGACAUUGGGCUCUGUCCGCCCAACUUCCUGAUAUUUUCCAUACUCGCAACAGGAAGACGGCGAGGUUAAAAGCGAGGAUACAGCAGAACCGAGAGACUCCUACGGAUUUCGUCAUGGACAUUGACGUGCGUUGGCAAACAAGCAUAUCAAGCCAACUAACAGGGAACCAGAAGCCCAAGGAGAUCAUGCACUCUAUUACAGUAAUUGACCCUUCGGCCCCUAAGAAGCCCCUGUUAGAACUGCCAGUGAAUGGCUCAAACGGAGUCAAUGGGAUAAAUGGGCAUCAUCAUGACCCAGCAUUCAACGACGAGGCCACGAAGAUGGGAAGCUGGGGAGUCAACGGUGCUUCCACAGCUGAUGCCGGAGAAGACCUUCUUGAGGGUGACCUGACGCCCAACCGAUCUAAGCGCCAAAGGGCAGAAGUUAACUACAACGUGAGGCAACUAUGGAACACGGCCGUGGGCAAGUCGCCGAGGAAACGGAAAAGAGACGACGAUGAACAACAUCCCCAACUAGACGAGCACUCCGUCACCUACGUUCUGCCGCCCGGAGAAGGGGGCGAGUCGAAGGUGUUCCCUUCCAACAAUCUCUCCUGCCUCAUAUGCGCGGCCGAGCACGAGCGCAUCAGCCAGCUCCGCGCUCACUUCUCAUGCCACCCUGAACUUGAGUUCAAGUUUGAGCAGAAGAAGGGCAUGUACAUGGUUGAAGUCCAGAAAGCCCCUGGAAAGACCUCAGCCACCGCGGGAUCCCCCUUAAAACCCGCGGCCGGCAAGAUCAUAUACUCGCUGGGUCUUCCCGUAAAACCCCUCGAUCUCUUCAAAUUCGUCGACGGCGACGAUUCCUGGGUUAGAUCCCGUCUCUUGCCCGAUCAUGGCGGGUACAAGAUUCCUCCUCUCCCAGCCAGCAGCCGAAGUCCAACCAAGGGACCACAUCCUCAGCAACAACAACAACAACAACAACAACAACAACAAAAGGAAAAGGAAAAGGAAAAGGAAAAGGAAAAGGAAAAAUCUCUCUCCGCCAUAUCCACCUCCACCUCCACCCGCAGCCGCGGCGCCGUCCCCAAAGAGAAACCCCAAAAGAAACCCGUCUACGUCCCCCUAAACAUCAACCGCCCCAUCUACGACCCCUUAUCCAAAGUCGAGCUCGCCCCGGGCUCCCUGAUCCAGCCCCCGCCCUUGGACGAAGGCUGGCUGAUCACCAAGCACGCCGACGCCCUGGCGGAGUUUUCCGACGUCGAGCCGCAAGAAAAAGAAUACAUGAUGCAGUGGGACGCCUACAUCCUGCAGAAACACAUGGGCUCGGAGCUGUACCUGCCGCGAGAGUUCCGCAGGUUCGUCCAGGAAAAGGCCAAGUGGCUGCUAGAGAAGAGGUGCAGAACGGAGGAGCUGGGGAAACAUAUGGCGACGCUGUUGGCGAGGCGGUAUCUUGAUGAUGCGACGGUUGUGGCGGUGACGAAGGAGUUGAAUGAGGUUAGGAGGAGUAUGGCUGCUGAGGGUGGUGGUGGUGGUGGUGCUGCUGCUGGUGCCAGUGGCGAUGCACAGAAGAAGAGUGGGCUUGAAGUACAACAACAGCAGCAGCAGCAGCAGCAGCCUAGUAGUGGUGGGAAGAAGAGUGCCGCGGGCGGGUGUGCGAAGUGCGGAGAGGUGGUGCCGCAGCCUGAGAUGAUGAUUUGUUGUAAUAAGCAUUGCAAACAACGCAUCUAUCACAGCCGAUGCGUGCCGAAUCCAGAGGAGGCUCUGGAAUUAGGCAGGAAGAGGAUGUGGAAGUGCUCUCAAUGCGAGGCAGUGGACCAUUAG